CACAAAGAAGUUUUGCAUGAUAGAUGGCAAUUAUUUGAUUAAAAUAGGAUCUCUGAUUCAUUACAUAAUUAUAGAGCUCUGUGUUUAGUCCUAAUCUGUUAAUCUUAAACAGAAUUUCGUAACUAUUAUUUUAUUCCUUGAACUGGACAUGCUAAUAAGUGAACUAUAAUGCAGCUUGUAACAUUAUCACACAAUGUUUUAAAUAUUGAUUCUGGAUAAUUUUUCUCAGGUAAAUGUGUUCGGGAUAGCCUAACUUUGUUUGUUAUCAUCACCAUGUUAGGUGCAUGGGAAAAUUGAUAUACAGUGAUAUAAGACUGGAUUAAAAAAGAGAAAGAAGAAAGAAGAUUGACAUACCAAAUGAAAAAAUAGAACUUAAUGGAUAUAGCUGUCAUCAGGAUAAAUUGCUUACUUUCUGGUGAUGACAGGGUAAAGUUUCAGUUGAUGACAGGAUAAGUUCUUGGAAGUUGCUGUUGAUGACAGAAUAAAUUGUUGAAGUUCCUGUUGAUGACGAUAUAUUUUUAACAAGAAGGAGUAAGCUUUGAAUAUGUAUUCUUUGAUUGGAUCAGUUAUUGUUCUGUUAGUUCUGUGUCACAGCCUGGUCGGAAUUACAUUUGUAAAGUCAGAUGACUGUAAUAACAUCAGUGGAAACCUUACUCUUAUGGAGGAUUUUAAUUUCUCUUUCAUUGGUGAAUCUGUGAAUCUAACCUGCUCCAUCAAUACACAGACAAUUCAUAAUUUCUCAGCUGAUAAGUUUACUAUCAAAGUGAAAAAAUGUGGUGUAACAUAUAAGUUACUUCCAAGAAGUAAAAAUAAUAAGAUUAAAAAUGUUGACAUUAUGGAAAUUUUUAUAAGAGAACAAAUCAAAGAGCCACUUUGUGACGAUCAAAAUUGGUUAAAUUAUAAAUGCUAUUAUGAUGUGAAGAAAGAUACCAGUUGUGAGGUGGGAGAGGAAAAAGUCAUUUAUUUCGAUUUUCGUCCUUCUCCAGUGAAAAGUUUUCACUGCCUUGUGUACAACUGGUUCAAUAUGACAUGUUGGUUUGAUCUUGGAGUAGUGUACCGAGGAUGGAACCUUCUAGGUUAUACAAUGGUUGAUGUAAAAGUCAAAUAUGGCAUCCUAGGAAUGGCAAAAGAACUUGACCAGCAGUACAAAGAAAGAAAUGGCACUUGUUUAAAAAUCAGUAUUCCACGAAAAAUAUUUAUGGGUCUCAUGAGUACUGAAAUUGAUAUUGAAAUUGAUAUUAAUAUUACAAAUGAGGCACGGAAAGUUUCUAACAUAAGCAUAUUUGAGUUUAACCCGAGAACUUUUGUUAAACCAGCUAGUAUUGAAAACUUGAAAUAUGAAAGGAAUGCAACUACCAUCAAACUUACGUGGAACCAUAGUAACUCACAGAUGUCCAAGAAAUUCCGAAUUCAAUACAGCUCUGAAUAUGAUCCAAAGGGGAGUUGGAUGACAGAGAUAUUACCAUACAGAAUGCCUAGUAUAAGAAAUAGAUUUAAUAAUACAUUACAUAAAUUAACAGAUUCUCGUACUUACAAACUGACCUUAACUAAGCUUUUGCCAUAUGCCUUAUACAAUAUAACAAUUGAAGUUAGACCACUUUUUGAAAACGGAACGGAAACUGGAUUCUGGAGUGACAGUGUUACAACUUCUAUAAGAACUGCAGAAGAUGUGCCUGGUGCAGUACCAAUAUUAUGGCCAGGCUACUUUUUACAGCUAGAUAAUCCAGAGAAAAUUAAAAUCUAUUGGGAGCCAAUUGCUGAUAUAGAAAGAUGUGGCAUUAUACAGUCAUACAGAAUUACAUUGAAGGAUAUUGUUCCCUUUGGAGAGAAAGAAAAUUUUACUGAAAUAGAAGACAUCCCACCUGAAGCUAUAUCAUAUGAAAUUCAAUUGGAACCACUGAAAAAAUAUGAAAUAAAACUAACACAGAGAACCAGUGUUGGCUAUCCCACUGUAGACGAUGCUCAUAUUUAUGUUUACCCACAAUACAUUAGGCCCACAUUACCUAGUUUGUUGACUGUAAAAGCCAUUGGUCACAGUCAUGUUUUAUUCAAAUGGAAAUCAACAACUCUCAAAAAUGGUUCUGGUGAAUUUUCUAACUAUAAUUUGUCAUGGUGCAAAAAGAAUGGUACAACACCAGGAAAUUGUUUGGAGGCUAUUAAAUCAAAGGUGAUUAUAGAUAACAAUGUUACUAACAAUGCUACAGUUUCACUAAAUGAGAAUUAUUUUGACUAUUGGUUUGGAAUAUCUCUUGAGCAAACAAUAUCAAAUGGUUGGUUUAUCAGCAGUGGUAUUACGUGGUACAAGCAUUGUGUAUAUUUACAAGGAGGAGUUCCAAAGAAACCAUUAGAAUUGGAGGUACCCACAGAUACUGACCAGGAAGACGGUAUUUUUAUAAGAUGGACUCCAUACACAUGUUCCCAGAGUGAAGGAAAGGUUGUGUCUUAUAUAGUUGUGUUUUGUACAACUGGCAGUGCAGAAGAUAAAUGUCAAGGCAAAGAACAGAAUGAAACAGUAUCUCCCUCAGAAUCGUCAUACACAUUAAAGAAUUUGAUUCAAGGCCAAACUUACAUAGUCAACAUAAGUGCCAAGAUGGAAGAUGGACAAUAUGGACCUUGGAGUAAUUCUAAAAAAGUCCUGUUUAAGUCCCCAAAGACCAUUGAAUCAAAAAAAGAAAAUUUGAUACUAGGAGCUGUAAUUGGUGGUCUUGGGGCAUUUGUUGUAUUGAUGAUAUGUGGUUGUGUGUAUGCAAGACAUCGUUUAAAAAAACAAGCAGAAGAAGUGAAAGCGAUAGAUUUGCCUGCUAUUAAAACAAAAUCUGGCUUUGAUAGACUAGAAAACAAUGGUAGUGGAAGUGAUGCACAUGAAUCUCUUCAGCCUUUACUGCGAAAUAGUAACGGUAAUGAUAGUGGAUUGGGUGGAUCAAGUACAAAUGGAAACAGUAUAUCACAGAACAAUAGUAUGGAUAAAAAAUAUUCCAAUCAAAAUGGCAGCACAGGAGGAUACCAUAGUAAACAUAAUAAUCAUAUCCAUCAGAAUGGUAGUGUUAUUCAAACUGAUGCUAUAAUUGAAUCUCCUGGAGUUAGUGAAAAUACUAAUCAUUCCUUCGCAGAAACUUCAUUUACUACAGGUGAAAUGUCCGGUGGAAAUGAUAUGAACAGUGUAGAUUACACAGAUGUUGAGUUACAUUCUUCCGAUGAGGAAUCCUCGGCUAAUAACUCUUCAUGUGUUCAGUCAUCAGGCUUAAGCAAUAAUUCACCGAAACAUUCAGGAAAAAAAUCAUUUUACUCAAGUACUAAUAAAUCUAACAGAGAAAACAAAGGUUUUACGGACACAGAUGAAAGAGGACAAGAUUCCAGUAAUAUUGAUUCUUAUUGCGAUCAGGGUGAAACAAGUGCUAUAGAUUCUUAUUGUGAGAAGGGGUUUGAUUCAGGUUCUAGUAUAACGACAUGAUUAAUAUAAUGUACACCAGUCUAAAUAUGUCACUAUAUUUUAACAAUAAUGCAUAGAACGUUAUCCACAUAUGUUACAUCAUGGAAAAUGUCUCUCACACAUAUUUUGGCAAUACAUUUUAUUUAGUUCUGUCCUUCAAUCUGUUUGUCUAUACAUGUCUAAUACAAGAGAGCUGGUCAAAACGAAAUUGCUUCUUACAGGAUGUAGUAGUUAUGCAGGAAAUGCACAUCCUUUUUGAUUUUUAUGCCCCCGCCGUAGCGGAGGGGGCAUUAAGUUUUACCCUUAUCCGUCUGUAUGUCCGUCUGUCCGUCCGUACGUACGUCCCAAAGUUGGUUUCCGUUCUCUAACUUUAAUUUGCCUCAACCAAAUGUUAUGAAACUUAUACACAAUGCUUAUUACCACAAAACACAGAACAAGUUUGAAUUUUGGUGGGGUCACUAUAACUGUUCUAGAGUUAUGCUCCUUUACAAAUGGAAAAAUUGCUGAAUUUUUCGUUUCCGUUUUCUAACUUUAGUUUGCCUCAACCAAAUGUUAUGAAACUUAUACACAAUGCUAAUUACCACAAAAUACAGAUCAAGUUUGAAUUUUGAUGGUGUCACUUUUACCUUUCUAGAGUUAUGCCUGUUUACAAAUGGAAAAAUUGCUGAAUUUUUCGUUUCUGUUCUCUAAAUUAAGUUAGCCUCAACCAAAUGUUAUGAGACUUAUACACAAUAAGUAUUACCACAAAACUCAGAUCAAGUACAAAUUUAGGUAUAAUCACUCUUACUGUUCUUCAGUUAUGUCCCUUUAUAACUUUAUAUGAUAUGCAAGCGGGGGCAUCAUCUGUGUCCCAUGAACACAUUCCCCAUUUAUUUUUAAUCAGGUUGUAUCUAGGGCUUUCCAUACAAAAACAUAAACAGCCAUUUCUACAUAUAAGGAAUUUAUUAAAUGCAAAAUUUACAAUGUACAUUGGAAUACAUGUACAUAGAUUGAAUUGAAAUAAAAUUAGCAAUUUAGGUUGGAAUUGAGGGAAUGGUUGACAGAGUCACAGACUUCAUAACUUUUCACUCUGGUUGUGGUUCUACAUCAUGUGCAUAUAUUUUACUUGUUUUAAGGGCAUUUUACAUGUAAAAUUAUCAUGUUGAAAUUUUAAACAGUAAUUUUUAAAGUAAUUUUUUUUUUAAAUUUUGUCUCAUAAUUUUUGUUAUUUUAUUUUUCUAAUUAUAUGAAAUUCAUAUCAUAAGGCAGCUUAAAACAUUGAAUCUGUUAUUAGUCUUAGAUUGUUAGAUUAAUUAUCAUUCAUUCAUAAAUGUUUCAACUGACAAGUUGCAUUUUUUGCAAUGUUUUUUGUUUUACAGUACAAUCAUAGACUGCAUUUAUUAUGAAUCUUUUUGUAAUCUGAGAACUGCAUGAAAAUGUUUGUUAAAAAUUUCAUCUAUUAAUUGUUUUCUUUAGAUUCCAUAAAAUCUAAAAAUUACAAUUUUAUUACAAUUUCAGCAUAUCACAAAGAAUAAGUAAAGACAUAUUCAUGUCAAUACUCAAAUAGAUAAAUAGAUUUAAAUAGAUUACUUUAAUAAGUUACUCCUUAACUGUGAAACUAUAAAACAGUCUUUAAAGUGAAAAAAAAAAUCGCAGAAAAAUUAAAAGUUUUUAGUUUUUGUACAAGAACAUACUUUUGACAACCAUGAUAAUUUGUUUCAUUAAUUAAUAUCACGAUUCGGAGAUUUUUAUAUUUUUUUUAUUAAAUUCCUAAGAAAAAAUCUUGUUGCUCUUAACAUUCUUAGAAACUAGGAGCGGUUUCAGAAUAUUACCCUUUUUAGGUCUUAUCUUCACCCACUGUGUUUUACACAAUACAGUAUCCAUACUUACUAACUUGCAGUAUACACUUCUUGGACUUUCCUUUUAUGUUGCAGUUAUAUCUUGCUGCAGCUGUUAUUGUCCUAUUUUGAAGUUGUUUUGUAAUUACUAACUAUCUAUUUAAAUUGGACUAAAAAUCCCUUGUAUGUCCGUUUGUAGUUAUCUUUUGUAUUAACUUAUGUAUGUACAUACUUGUAAUUUUAUGAAUGUAUUUAUUUAUUUUUCAACUUUUUGAGGUAAAAAUAAUUGGCUUUCUUAGCCUAUCUGGUCAGUUGGUGUGUUCAGUGGACAUUGCUAUUGUUAUUAGGAGAAAAUAAAAUAACAAAAAUACCACACUCCAGGGAAAAUUCAAAAUGGAAAGACCCUUAUCAAAUGGCAAAAUCAAAAGCUCAAACACAUCAAAGGAAUGGAAAACAACUGUCAUAUUCCUGACUUGGUACAGGCAUUUCCUUAUGUAAAAAAUGGAACUCAACACAAUAGAAAUUCAAAUACACAAAUGUAUCAGUAACUUUCACUUUGAUAGUUAAUUUUUGAUAUGAAAGGUUUAUUUUAGAAUAGUCCAUUUUUUUUAAUGUGAAAGCAGCUUUGUUAUGCAUAAAUGACAGAUCUGCCAUUUCUUUUAAAAAUCAGGUACAAUUCAGGGCAUUAAUGUGUCAAAAUAUUUAUAAUUAUUUUUAAUAUAGUGCUUGAGUGUAUGCUUCAUUUCAAUAAUUUUAUUCAAAUUUUACACAUAGUUGCAUGUUGUAUUAUCUAAUUUUAUAAAUAAUUAUUAUACUGAUUCAUAAAAAUGACUUUUAAGGUGAAAUUGAGGUUUUGAUUAAGGCUUUUAUCUGGUCUUCUGUCAGUCACCUGUUUCCAUUGCCUGAUUUUACUUGGUAGGUGUAAAAAUAAUAAGAUUUUUGCAGUGGACAUUUUACUUUGAAACUUACCCUAUACAAAUAAAUACUUUGCUGCCCAUUUAAAUCCAUUAUAAAAAAGCUCUAAAGUGGAGAAAAAAUUAACACAGCAAAUAUUUUACUGACCCUUUUAAGGCCACGCAAACAAAAACUGACAGGAAAUUAAAUAUAUUUACACUUAUAUAACAUUCCUAAAUCUAUAUUAAUAUUGUAUUCUUUGAUAUUUUCUUAUUUUCUUUUUUUUUUACAAUUUCAUUCAAUAAAUCUUAUAUACAGGGAUUAAAUUAGCUCAUCAAAAGAUAAGUGUGCAUGUCUUGAUUUGUAAAAACUACUUGACUAUCAAUAUUCCAUAGAAUAUUCUUGAUCCUGAAAUAGUGAAAAUAACCCCAUGAGAAUACCAGAUUUUGAAGUUUUAAACUGGUUAGCAGAUAAAGAUGAGACGUCUUUCAGAGCAAUCUUUUUUGUCUUCAAUCCUAAUAAUUACAGCAUUCAUUUAAAUAUAGUGGUGUCAUACCUUUUAUUUACACAUAUAAUUUGCAUUCCAUUUUAUUACUGAUCUGUUGUUGUUAGUAUGCAUAAUGUUUGUGAAAAUUUACAAUGUUUUAUGAUCUAACUAUGUCACUGAAUAAAUUGUACAAAUAUA